CCGACCUUGGGGGCCAAGCAAGUGUAGAUACCCCGGCACGGGCAGUGCCACUUGUGAUCGAUCCCGUCUGCUUUGCACCAACAGCCACAAGCUGCAAUAUCACCAAACAAGACAGGUGAUGAGAGCUCAUGGCGGCGCUUCUCUUAAGAGCCACCACCUCGCGGUUGUCGCUCUUUUUUGACCGCUCGGGCCCCCUUUUCCCGCUUCUUCUUGUGACCUUGGAAUACAUAUGAAGACUGUCUCGACCACGUCCGGUCGCUAGCCGCUCGGGUUUCGAAUUCGAAUUCCGUUAAUCGCUUCUAAUCUUGACCAUUCUACGCAUCAUCGGAGGGAAAUCUGUCUUUGCGGCCCCUUACACCGGGGCUGUGACACGAAGUUCGGAUACCACGGAACUUUUCGAAUCGACACGGGUCUUUUGGUACCUCUCGUCGAGUCUACCCCUCGCAAAGAAGACCGCACCCCAACAGUUGAGACCUAUUUUCAAGUCGUCCGCCCGAAAUGUAUCUCGCGAGCCGGGCGCUCAUCCUCGGUCUGAUUUUGGGCCAGGGAGCCGCGAUUCUCGUCGCGAACGGCUCGCCAUGCCAGGGGUUAUGCGGCAAUGUCCUCGAUUCCACGACACCCGACGACAUCGUUUGUAAGGAAGAGGAUUACGCAAGCUCCGCCGAAGGUGUUGUCUUCCAGCAGUGCACCACUUGCCAGUUGAGGAGUGGCUAUACCACCGGCAUCGAGCACGACACACAAUGGCUCCUAUAUAACCUCCGUUAUGCUGUGUCGUACUGUGUCUUUGGGUAUCCUGAGAAUGACUUUGCGUUGUCUGGUCCCUGCCUGACAAGCACUGCAUGCGAACCACUCCAACACGCCAUCAUGCAUAACAACCUUGCGAGCAACUCCACCGCGUAUGGCUAUUGCGGUGCUUGGAUUUACGAUCAGCUGCCGCGAUGCUUGGAGUGUCUACGGGUCGAUGACCACCAUUUUAUCUCCAAUUUCCUCACCGUCUUACAAGCAGGGUGUGAGCAGCGCCCUCCAAACGGGACUCCUGUCUCCGUCGACGGCACGCCUUUCUCCGUCUUUCCGGUGAACAUCACCGAUCCGACGCCCACGGCCACUUUCAUCCCCAACUACUAUCCCGGCCCGCUCGAUCUCAACGCUCGGGUGGGAAUCGCUUUCGGGUCCUUGGUCCUCAUCCUGACAGUCGCCGGCGCUUUUAUCAUCUGGAACGGAAAGAGGAAGCGCAGGGCGUUCAUGAGAGACCUUGAGACCAAGAUGAAGAAACGAGCCGGCGGUUGGCCGACGCCCAUCAACACCUCGGGGGGUAGUUACUUCGACAACCCGGCCAACCAGAAACCCCCGCGGACCUGGGACGACACGCCUCAGAGUCAGAAGCCGUUGCGGGAUUGGGAUAACUCCCCGCAAAGCGUCAGCACGGAGAAGUUCUCAACGAGAUACUUCUCCCCUUACUCGUCGCAAUUCAACAGCCCAGACACCGCGGUAGAGGCGAAACACAUGCAGUGGCCUAGCGACAACAAACUUCCCCGGUCCCCGGUGCAGGACAUGCGUGAAAUCGGCGUUGCCUUUGGCGGGCCCGAGCCCUCACCCAUGUGGCAAGACGUCAAGGGCAAAGGCGUUGUGGACGAGUUAUACGAGUUGAAAGAAGUGGAUCCCGCGGCUGGUAACAUUCAACCUGUCGCGCAAAACCCACCCGUUCCCGAAAUCCUUCCUCCCGAGCGGCCAGUAUAUGGCUAUUACAAUCCGGCCGACCAUCACGACUCGCCGCAAGAAGAUUGGCAACGGCAUCAGUGGUAAGAGAAGCUGAGUAGGCGGGACCGCACCUCCGUUGUCGAAUUUUGGGCGUGGGAAUGCGCUGGAGUUUGGAGUCUCGAGAUACCGAUCUGUCUGAUUGUCGAUGCUAGCAACAAUAAGCAAAGAUAUCUGAUUUUUUGUUCGUCCUUCGA